AUAUGUACAAACCUGCAUUAAAUAUGAGGUAGUAUGUAUCUGAAGUGAAGGAUAAUUUAAUAAUAACCUAAUUUUAGCCUGAAAUAUUUGGUUUGAAGGCUGUGAAUUUGAAUCUUUAGAUUUUUUGUCAUAUGUAUUCAUUUUCUAUGAAGAAAACAAGCCGUCCAGUGUUGCAUUGUUUCACUGGAGGGCGCUAACACAAAGCACCAGGUGGUUCAGGGAACAACUCGAGACAGGAGGAGGCCAUUCUAGCCUGUUUUAGCUGCUGUUAGCUACCCGGCGGCUAACGAGCAAGCUAAAACACCAGUUUGUCUUCAUGUCGCCUGUCUUAUCAAGUGAUGGCCAGAGAAGGGUGUUCACAGAUCGAAGCUGAGCUGUAUUACCUCAUUGCCAGGUUUCUGCAGUCUGGACCUUGUAAGAAAGCAGCACAGAUCCUGAUUGAGGAGCUGGAGCAGUAUGAGUUGGUCCCGCAGCGAUGGAGUUGGGACGGAGAGAAAUACAAACGGACCUUCCACGACUGGGUAAUUUUGAACCAGCACAUUCCUGCAGACUAUCUGCUGCGCAUUUGUCAGCGGAUAGGCCCACUUAUAGAGAAGGAGAUCCCACCUAGUGUCCCUGGAGUCCAAACACUUCUGGGACUGGGAAGACAGUCCUUACUUCGUACCACCAAAAGCUGUAGCCACAAAGUAUGCAGUGGCUCCGCUGUUGCUGCACUCCACCGAGGACGUCCACCAGAACCUCCAGUCAGCAAUGGAAACACUCCCAAUGUCGUGUCCAUCAUGGGUGCUCGCCAGGCCACAGGCACAGCUCGUUUCGGCCAGGCCUUGCCGUCUUCCUCCUACCAACACAUGAAGAUACACAAACGUAUCCUUGGCCAUCUUUCUUCAGUCUACUGUGUAGCCUUUGAUCGCACCGGCCGUCGCAUCUUUACGGGUUCUGAUGACUGCCUGGUAAAAAUCUGGGCCACAGAUGACGGCCGGCUCCUUUCAACACUCCGCGGCCACUCAGCAGAGAUCUGCGACAUGGCCGUCAACCACGAGAAUACUCUCAUCGCCUCGGCCAGCUGCGACAAAGUCAUCAGAGUGUGGUGCUUACGUACUUGCGCCCCCAUUACUGUUCUACAGGCUCAUGCUGCGUCCAUCACAUCCAUACAGUUUUGUCCGGCAGUCAAAGGGACAACACGGUACCUGGCCUCCACAGGUGCAGACGGCAUGGUGUGUUUCUGGAAGUGGCACUCACUCAGCAUGAAAUUCAAUGAUCAGCCAGUCAAAUUUGUUGAGCGGUCACGUCCAGGUGUACAGGUCUCCACUUCCUCCUUCAGCAGUGGUGGUAUGUUCAUGGCUACUGGUGGCACUGAUCAUAUGAUUAGGGUUUACUACCUUGGUGCUGAAACUCCUAUGAAGGUCUCCGAGAUGGAUGCUCACACGGAUAAAGUUGUAGUAGUCCAGUUUAGCAAUAACAGCGACAGCCUAAGGUUUGUGAGCGGCAGUCGUGACGGCACAGCCAGGAUCUGGCAUUACCAGCAACAAGAGUGGAAGAGCAUCUCUUUAGACAUGGCUGCCAGGCUGCCUGGGAGUUCUGUUGCCAAUGGAGAUGAUAAAACCAAGCUGGUGGUGACCAUGGUGGCCUGGGACCGUGCAGAUCACACCAUCAUCACAGCGGUGUCAAACUUCCUGCUCAAAGUGUGGAACACAACUACUGGACAGCUGCUGCAUGUUUUAUCUGGUCAUGACGAUGAGGUGUUUGUGCUGGAGGCUCACCCGUUUGACUCCCGCAUCAUGCUAUCUGCCGGUCAUGAUGGCAACAUUUACAUCUGGGACCUGACCAAGGGAGCUAAGAUCCGCAACUUCUUCAACAUGAUUGAAGGACAAGGCCACGGUGCUAUUUAUGACUGCAAGUUCUCAGCUGAUGGGCAGCAUUUUGCCUGCACUGAUUCUCAUGGCCAUUUGCUCAUAUUUGGCUUCGGCUGCAGCAGACCAUAUGAGAAGAUUCCUGACCAGAUGUUUUUCCACACGGACUACCGACCUCUUAUUCGUGACUCUAACAACUACGUCCUGGAUGAGCAGACACAGCAGGCCCCACACCUCAUGCCUCCACCCUUCCUGGUGGAUGUUGAUGGGAAUCCCCACCCUUCUCACUACCAGCGCCUGGUGCCAGGAAGAGAGAACUGCAAGGAGGAUCAGCUAAUACCUCAGCUAGGAUACAUGGCAAACAGUGAAGGAGAGUUGGUUGAGCAGGUACUUGGCCAGCAAACAGCAGAAAACAGAGAAAGUCUGUUGGACAGUCUCAUCAGACAGCUGCAGAACGAGCAGGAUGAGCGUCAGAACACAGAACAGGAGGCUGAGGAGGAAGAGGCUGGUGAUGCAGAAGAGGUGGUGGCAUCCUCUCCGACUGUCGAAACCCGCAGGAGUGGGCAGGUGGAUGGGGUGUGGCAGAUGCAGCAUAACGCCCUGCGUAGUCAGGUGGCCACUGAGAGGGACCUGCUGGCCUGGAGCCGCAGAGUGGUGGUUAAUGAAGUGCCACAAGGGACAUUCAGAGUUAUGGAGGAGUGCAGACAAGCCAAAGGCGACAUGGAAUGUUCUCUGUACAAUGCCGAGAGGAGGAAGAAACCAGUGAACUGCACACCCAAGACUGACCUGCUGACUUCACGCCUGCGCUCCCUGCGGCCAGCAAAGAAAAAGCAGCAGCGUCACGCCUAUCAGACCCGCUCAGCUCAAGUCCGCCGUCCCAGGAACAGGAGUCGAAAUCCCGGCAACCGACGCAACUCUGACAGCCAGAUAGACUCGGACAGCGAUAGAGAUGCAGCAGAGCAAGCGGAGCCCAGCGAUGCUUCGUCUGACGGUGAAGCUCAGUGGCAGAGUGAGAGCAGCUCCAGUGACUCUUCCAGUGAAUAUUCGGAUUGGACAGCCGAUGCUGGGAUCAACCUCCAGCCACCGAAGCGACCAACCAGGAGGCCCGUAAAGCCCCCAGAUUAUAGCAGCUCUGAGGAGGAAGAAGGAGAGGACAAGGCAAACGAGGCCAAGAAGAGGGAAAAUGAGAAGAGAAAGAAGCCCAAGGAGACCAAACAGAAACCCACAUCCUCUCUGGCUGGACUUGAUGCGGAGGAAUGGUUACCACCAUCAUGGAUAAUGGAGACCAUCCCACACCGCUCUCCUUUUGUUCCACAAAUGGGAGAUGAGCUCAUCUACUUCAAACAGGGCCAUCAGGCAUACGUCCGGGCUGUCCGCAGGGCCAAAGCUUACAGCAUCAACCCUCAGAAACAGCCUUGGAACAGACUCAACCUCAGGGAUCAGGAAUCUGUGAAGGUUGUGGGAAUUAAGUAUGAAGUGGGACCUCCCACCCUGUGCUGCCUAAAACUGGCUUUCUUGGACCCAGUCUCAGGGAAGAUGACCAAUGAGUCUUUCUCCUUAAAGUACCAUGACAUGCCUGAUGUCAUAGAUUUUCUGGUCCUACAGCAGUUUUAUAAUGAGGCUAAAGAGCACAACUGGCAGCCAGGUAUGAGGUUCCGCAGCAUUAUUGAUGACGCCUGGUGGUUUGGCUCUGUGGAGGACCAGGAGCCUCUGCAGCCAGAGUAUCCAGAUAGCCUGUUUCAGUGCUAUGCAGUGAAGUGGGAUAAUGGUGAGCGGGAGAAAAUGAGUCCCUGGGACAUGGAGCCUAUUCCUGAGGAAGCUGCGUUGCCAGAACAGGUUGGUGAUGGGGUGGAGGUGGCGGAGGAGGAGUUAAAGGCUCUGCUCUACACGCCUCAGGAAGGAGAAUGGGGGGCUCACACACGGGACGAAGACUGUGAGAGAGUCAUCCAAGGCAUCGAUCAGCUUCUUACACUGGAUGUAGCCAAGGCAUUUGCUUUACCUGUAAAUCUACGGGACUACCCUCUGUACUGCACUGCCGUGGCUUACCCCACUGACCUCAGCACUAUCCGCAAACGACUGGAGAACCGCUUCUACAGGCGGAUCUCUGCAUUAAUGUGGGAAGUGCGCUACAUUGAACACAAUGCCCGCACUUUUAACGAGCCCCAGAGCCCUAUUGUAGCAUCCGCCAAAGUGGUGACUGACGUUCUCCUCCACUACAUCGGGGAUCAGAGCUGCACAGACAUCCUGGAUCUGUAUCACAAACUGAAGUGUGAGAUCAGCAGCGGAGAAGAUGAGGGCGCUGAGUUGGAUGUGGACUCUGACACCCCAGGGACAUCUACAGGACAUGGGGGAGCAAAGCGUGGUGUUUCGUUAGAUGUGAAAGCGUGGCGAAGUCAAUGUCGAGAGCUGCUGCGUCGAAUGAUGGUCUCCCCUGAUUCAGAACCAUUCAGACAGCCUGUGGAUCUCUUUGAGUAUCCGGACUAUCGAGACAUCAUUGACACUCCCAUGGAUCUGGGUACAGUGUCAGAAGCGCUGGUUGUGGGAAAUUAUGAGAAUCCGAUGGAGUUUGCCAAAGACAUCCGCCUCAUUUUCAGCAACUCUAAAGCAUACACACCAAACAAGAAAUCACAGAUCUACACCAUGACCCUCAGCUUGUCGGCGUUCUUUGAAAAACACAUCAUCUCCAUCAUCUCUGACUUCAAGUCUGCCCUUCAGAACGAACGGCGGGUUCGUCAGAGGCUCAGUUACAGGAAUAGAUUGCACAACGGAGGCAGCUCCCCGCCUAUUAGUCCAUCCCCGAGCCCUAAAGGGAAGCACAAGUCAGGGAAGGUAUCAAAGUCUAAAAAAUCCCAGACCACAAAGAAGAAUCGUUCUCAGAGAUCAUAUCAAGCUCAACACAGCAGCAGUGUAGCAGAGGAAGAGGACAUGCAGCCUUCUUCCCCAAGUUCAGGGACGAGCAGCGAGAGCAGAAACCAGGGGCCGCAACGGGUGACCCGCAGCCAAUCAACUCCAGUGAAGAAGUCAGGGCACCAGCGCAGCUCGCAUCUGAGUAACGGCUCCAGGCAGCGUCACGGGCGAGAAGCGCUGAAGUCCGACGAGGACGAGGGGGCGUCGGGAUCCACCAGCUCCUCGUCAGAGUCGUCCUCCACCUCGUCGUCGUCCUCGUCUUCCUCGUCAUCGUCCGACAGCGAGAACGGCUCAGAUUCUGAGAUGGAGAAGUAUGUGGAGGGGGGAGAUCACGACUACAGCAAAGCCCCCUGCCUGUCAGUGCGCCUCUCGGCUAAGGGUAAGGUGGCAGCCUCAGGGAAAAGGAAACACAAAGGAGGAGAGGAAGUCCCACAGAGACCUAAAAAAGCACGAGUGCAGCUGCCGGUAGAGGAGGAGGAGGAGGAGGAGGAGGAAGAUGAAGAGGAGGAAGAUGAAGAGGAGGAGGAAGAGGAUGAAGAAGAAGAGGAGGAGGAGGAAGAAGAAGAAGAGCAGCAGCAGCAGCAACAAAAGGUGGACGUAAGACCUGAAAAGGACGAGGAAGAGAACGAGGAGGAGGACGAAGAGGAAGAGGAGGAAGAACCUGAGGAGGAAGAGGAACCUGAAGAAGAAGAAGAGGAGGAGGACGAUGAGGAUGAUGAUGAUGAUGACAACUCUGAUGAGGUGCAGAGAGGGGCUGCGGCGACAGCAGCAGCAGCAACAGCAGCAGCUAACAGUCCGAGAAGCAACCAGUGCAAGUCUCGGCGGGUCAAUACACGCAACCAGGGCCGCAGGACAGUUCUUUACAGGGACGACUCGGAGGAUGAUGGCCAUGGGUCGAAGGAUGACCCCCUCAACCUGGGCAUGUCCCGCUCAGGACGGGUACGCCGUAUGACUGAGAAAGCCCGUGUCAGCCACCUCAUGGGCUGGAGUCACUGACACGUCGCCCCUUUUCAAACCUCAGUAAAAAACAGUUUAAACACGAGGAAUACUGCAGGGAUUUUUUUUCUUUCUUUUUGUACAAGUGUGUGUA